CAACGAGAAGAAUCCUCACUUAUUUAGAAAAAAGGAAACCAAUAUCAUUUAUGCUUUUGAAAUAAAUCAAGAAGGAUUUCAAAUACUCCAAGGAAGAGGAGGCUGCCAGGCCCGAUUCUUUGGGAUCCAUCUUAGAUUUGCAUCUUUAUCACACAAUUGGGGUAAGUGGACCAGCGAUUGAAUGGCGAUAGGUCACAGUGUUGAUCGUGGGGCUAAGUUUUUGUGCAGAAUGUCCUGCAUUGUGCAAGGUACAUCACUGUCAGUGUUGAAGAGGAGAUACAGUAAUAUUCCCUUGGUUAAUACAAGCGAAGCCAGGCUGGGUGUUUUCUGGGACUUACAGAGCUGUGGCGUUCCGGAGGGACUUUCCGUGCGAGACGUUGCACUUAACAUCACAAAAUUUCUGCGUAAAGGUGGACAUAAUGAACCCAUCACUACUUUCAGAGCCUAUGAAGAUGCAGCCUCUACUGUUAUUCUCAAUCUUCAGGAGCAAUGGAACAGAUUCAGUGUCAUCGAUGGAGAUAAUUCAGUUGAGGUGUCAGUUGUGAAACCCCCUUGGAUUGGUAAAGCCAUUGUCACAGAUAUCUUUGGGUUUGCCCUUAACAAUCCUCCUCCCUCCAAGAUUCUUUUAUGCUCUACGAAAACAGAUGUUGCUGCUGCCAUGCUUGAGUUCAAGAAACGAGGCUAUGUUAUUCUGCUUGGCCAUCCCACUGCCAAAGUGGAAAAAACCCCAACCCUGCCUUUAGUUGGCGGACGAUAGAGGUUCCACUCUUUCUAGCGUACAUUUUUGGCGCACACCGUGGGGCUCUUUCCACAAUUUUAACAUUUUCCACAGGUUUAGCCGCAGGUUUUUCCAUAGGUUUUGCCGCAAGUUAAGCUGCAUGUUUUUUCACAAGUUUUGCCGCAGGUUUAGCCGCAAUUUUUUUUAUGUUGUUUUUUCACAUUGGUUUUUCUGCAGGUUUUUAACGCUGGUUUUUACACAGGUUUUUUUUACGCUGUUUUUUUCUGCAGAUUUAUCCACACAGAUAGAGAACCCAAUUUUGUAACACAAAUGAAAAAUCUAGGCUUGUAUAGCCCACCCUGAUUUGUGAUUUUUGCUAACGGGGUUUUGCAGGUUCUCAAUGAGUUAGUUAAUUUUUUUUUUA